AUGCCGACAGAGGACGAGGGCGGUCGGAGCGAAUUGCAACAAUCGCCGGUCGAGGGCGUGGCCGUGCCAACAGCUGGGGCUGCCGCAGGCGCUGGGGCUGCCGCAGGCGCUGCGGCUGCCGCAGGGCGGCGCUCCUAUGCGGCUGUCGCGAGUGCGAGGGCGUCGCUCGUGGCUGCCGACGCGGCAGCGGCGAGAGCCGUCGGCGAGCACGCUGCGGGCUUGUCGAGGGCGGCGAGGGCGGUCCCGGUCGCCACCGCGGUCCCCGUCAACCGGGGCCCGGUGGCGGUGGGGACCGCGGUGGCGGUGGGCGUGCAGCCUGGGUGGGGCGAAGACUCGAUCCUCCCGGCGGGUGACCUGCGCAGCGCGUGCUGCUGCCUCAUCGCCCUCUCGUUGCUGCAGAUCUUCACGCUGCAGGGCUCGCUCGGGCUGGCGGUCGGAGGGCUGCUGCUGUGCGGGCGGCUCGACGCGCGGCUGCUCUCGCAGCGCCUCUUCUUCCUGCGCCUCUGUGCGGUGCUGAUCCGAGUCCUCUGCGCCCUCGCCAUCUUCCGGUCGAGCGUGUGCUCUCACACCUGCCUCUCCGCGGCUGACGGCGAAUGCGACGACGGCGGUGCCGACGCGCCGUACGACUCUUGCGUGCUGGGCACCGACUGCUCGGACUGCGGCAGCCGCCUCAACUACGUGCAGGCGGUCGUCACGCUGCACGGGCUGAGCGGCGCGCUCUCCCUCGCGCUCGUGAUUGCGUCGGACCGCGUCGUGGGGCGGGCGCAGGAGCUGCACCUGCUGAGCCUCGCCGCGAUGGAGGGCGUGCUGCUCUGA